AUGAACAAGCAAGAUCCUUUUGUAAAUGUCGGUAGGAAAUCACUCGUGAACUGGAUAGAAGAGAUGGAUGUUGCAUUUGGUGAUGCAAUGAGUUUGAAAUCUGGUUUUUCACAAUGGUACGACAUGUUUCAUGGGAUUUCUUUAAAUGGAUUCGAUUGGAAUGCUGAAACCCAACUGAUUGAAGCAGAUGAUCAGGUUUGGGAUCACUUAAUUAAGCCAACUUCGAGCAAAUGUUGGUAUUAUUUGCAAGAGAUAGAGCUUCCGGAGAAAAUGCUGAAACAACAAAGUAGAGAAAUGCAAGAUGAAGUAGUAAAGGAAGUUGAAACUCAGCAUCAACUUGAACCUGAAACAUUUGAAACAAAGAUUAUGAAUGUUGUUGGUGAUGUGGCUAAUGCUAUGAGGGAAGGUAACAAAAUCUUUGAAAGAGCAUACCAUCAUAAGUUAGCAGGUGAUGAAAUUUAUCAAGAAUUGCAGCCAAUGGGUUUGGAACCCCAUGAAAUACCAGGUGCUCUCAUGUAUUUGGCUCGUAACCAAGCAGAUGUGAGGUCAUCGUUUACUUGUCCAAUGAACAUACAGAAGGAUCUACUAAAAACAAUGAUGGGAACAGGUAAACGAUGA